UAUACAGCUCAGAAAAAGGAAGAAGAAUUUGCAUGCGAAUAGCUAAUCGAACGUUAAGUGAUCUACAUCGGGAGUGCCGUGGGUACGUGAAUUUUUGAAAUCACGUAUAUUUCUUCGUUCCGUUCUUCGUUUCUGCCGUUCUAUUUCUCAUUUUCUUCUCUUUUUUCUUCCUCCUUUAUUUCUUCUUCGUUACUUUUCUUUCUCCUCUUCUUCUCACAUUUCCUAAUCGUUGACAUCGCCGUUGUAUAUCCAUACCCUUCCUUAUUCCUUUCAUAUUCCUUUAACUUCCUUCGAUUGUACGAUCAUGAGAGAAGCCGUAAUACUUACCACAUGUUUACUGGGUAUCGUGUUCGCUGGAAGUCCUAGACUACCCAGAACCUCUGCCGAUGAACGUAAUACCCGUAAUGUUAGUAACAAUGGAGGCAACAUCACUGGAAACACGAUACCGAUACCUAGCCGCAAUUCUCAACGAAAUAGAGAGCAAUACCUCUUCAAUGUUUUCGAGGUAAUAGUUUCGACUUUGGAAUCGAAAUUACAGCGCAUCGAAAACCUGGAUAAAGCGGUAGAACAUUUAAUGAGGAGAGUGGAAGCUUUAGAUUCGCGCGUAAACGAUAAUAUCGACAAAACCGACGCAGUUAUUACAAAGCUACGAACCUUAGACUUAAAGCUCUUUAAUUCUCAUCCAAUCGAAUUUUCAUCAACUGAAUCUAAUACAUACCUGACAAGACCGAUCGAUGAUAAAGGCGACAGUGAAUCAAGAAGCGGUUCAAAGCUACAAAUGAUCCAUCAGAAGCGAGAAAAUCCAUCAUCCGAAACUCUUGGUGAAAAAUUAUUGUCUCUCGAUCAAAAAGUAUCGGAUAUAGACAAUAAAUUGAUCGAUUUAAAACAUCAAUUGGAUAAUAAUUUUUUACAAAAUGACGACAUAAACGCUGAAGCCAGUGAAAAGAAGCCAGUCAGCAUGAGUGUAAUCGAAAUCACGAAAGCGAUGAGUAACGAAGUAAUAAAUCACAUUACGAUCGAAAUAGAAAAUUUAAGGCAAGCGACCAAUAAUAUGGACAGGAAGUUACAGUUUCACGUGAACCUAGUUUCCGAUCGUUUGGGAACUAUUUAUAACAUGAUGACAGAUGUACACGAUGCGAUACUAGUGAGAGGAACCACGAAUGGUCGGCCAGUAUUUAACGUUACAACGACAACCACCGAACCGCCACCAAAGCAGAGUAAAAUCGAUCGACUUGUCGAGCAAAUGUAUCCAAUGUUGACCGUUUCAGAGAAAAUGGACGAAGUUUGGAAUGUUGUGAUUGGUACUAAGAGUUCUGUGGACGAUCUUUUACCAAAAUCCGACGAAUUACUUACACAAACGCAAAGGCAGGAAAGAGCGAUUAGCGAAAUUCAUGCGGACUUGAGAUCUAAAACGAAUAAGAUUAUCGAAAAUUUAGAGGGGGUUGAAAAUAGGUUGCGAAAGCAGGAGGAUGAUGUCGCUAGCCUCGCUCAACGUCCAAUCCCUGCGGAAUUGUUGCUGGAUCCCACUAUCGAUCGACUCGUUGAAUAUGAUUCGAACAGAUACGUUGGACUCUCUGACGAAAUUCCACCUGAAACAACUGUUUCACCAGUAACUCCUACUACGAUCGUUUCGUCAGUGUCGAUGUCCAUGUCUUCCUCGACGUCGUCAAAUACCAUGUCAAUCAAUCAUUUCAAUAAUUCAAACAACAUCGCUGGUUCCACUAAUUUCUCCAACUCUACCGCUAGCCCUGGAAUAACGAUACCUUCGAGUUCGCAACGGUCCUCGUCGAAAAAUCGUGGUGUUAUAUUUCCAAGUGUCAAGAACAAACCAAGUCCAGCAAAUUCAACUUUUACCACCGAUGCAUUUCUUAGUUACAAGGAUGUUAAGGGUUACUCUUGCGUCGAUUUAUUAAAUGCGGGCAUGAGAGACAGUGGUGUCUAUUAUCUUCAAAUUCGCGGAACAACGUAUUGGUUUCUGAAGGUUUAUUGCGAGCAAGAUGUAGCUGAAGGAGGUUGGACGGUUAUUCAAAGAAGGGACGAUUUCGGUGAGCCAAGAGAAAAUUUCAACCGAGAUUGGGCUGAUUACAAAAACGGUUUCGGUGAUCCUGCUCGAGAAUUUUGGCUUGGCAACGAAAACAUAUACAUGUUAACUAACAAUGAAGAUUAUAUGCUUAGGGUAGAGCUCGAAGAUUUUGAAGGUAACAAAAGAUAUGCGCAAUACUCUCACUUCAAAAUCUAUUCGGAGGGAGAAUAUUAUAAAUUGGAGAUCGACGGUUACGAUGGAAAUGCUGGUGACUCGUUAAACGAUCCUUGGUAUGGUUCAAACAAUAGUCCAUUCUCCACCUACAACAGGGACAACGAUAGGUCAUCCUUGAAUUGUGCAUCAAUGCUGAAAGGCGGUUGGUGGUGGAAAUCAUGCGGACGGGGAUUAAAUGGUCUAUAUUUAAAUGAUCCUCAAGAUUUAACUGCUCGGCAAGGUAUCGUAUGGUUCCGUUGGAGAGGUUGGGAUUAUACUUUGAAACGUGCCACAAUGAUGAUCAAGCCGAAAGGGCCAACAACAGCGACGAUUUAA